CAGAAGUGAACCAAGAUGUCCAAAGUGAAGGCCACACCUCCCCCUGGAUUCACUCUGAACAUCAAUGACCCUCAGGUCCAGGAGGCCGCCAUCCGGAUCCAAGCCUCAUACCGGGGUCACAGGUCCCGAAAGGAGCUCCGGGAGAAAGGGCCCCCAAAGAUCCUGCAGGAGCUCAGAGACGUGGUUCUGGUGGAAGGCAGCGCCGCCAAGCUGGAGUGUAGAGUCAGCGCUUUCCCAGAUCCGUUCAUCGUCUGGUACAAAGACGGCAAAGAGCUGAAGGAUGGGCCCAAAUACCGCUACGUGUUUGAAGACCCAGAUUUUGUGGCACUGGUGGUUCGAGACGGAGUUCUAGCUGAUCUGGGAAAGUACACGGUCACCAUUAAAAACCCGUUUGGACAGACGUCAGGAUCUGCCUGUAUCCUGGUAGAAGUUCCGGCUAAAGUUUCUAAAGGCCCCGACAACAUCAAGGCCAAGAGGGGGACCACAGUGGUCCUGAAGGCGGAGAUCAGGGGGGAACCUCCUCCAGACGUGGCCUGGCUCAAAGAUGGAGACGACAUCGACGAAGACGACAGGGUUUUCUUUGACGUCGGAGACACCAACACCAUUCUGACCAUUAAAAAUGCAAAGGUGUCUGACGCUGGCAAGUAUGAGGUGUUUGUGGAGAACAACCUGGGCACAGACCAGUCCUUUGCUCGCGUUGAUGUCCUCUGAUGCAGACGUCCAAGUACAGGAAGGACGGCGCACCACGUCCACAUCCACGUCCACAUGCAUGGGAGUCCACACAGUUCAGUCUGUUUUCACACCUGUACACAACUGAAAACUGGGCCA